UGUUGCCAGCCUACAUAUCGCUAUCGCUUCUUACAUUGCUUCGUGAUGGAAAACGGACGCAAUCCCUGAUGGCCCUGAACACGAGAGACAAGGAGCUCUCAGCACGAGUUCUUGUUAUUCCACCUAUUAUAAACAUCAGAUUCCCGCACAAUCAACAAUGAACGGACAAGAUUAUCUCGGUCUCCCCAGCCAGGAGACACGCGUAUUCUCCUUCCCGGCGUCACAGUCUCUGCACGCGUCGGGCGCGUCUGCCGCUGCUAAAAUCUCCACCGGUCUUGCCCAACUGAACAAGGCUUUGACUCCGCCGUGCCCGGAGCCCGUGCCAGGGUGUACGGCGUCCAAUUCCGCAAAGGGACUCCCCAGUGGGCAUGUUGCGGAGAUAUUUGGGCCGCCGGGUGUCGGGAAGACCUCAUUGGCACUGAGCGUCGCAUCGAAUGUACUCCGUGAUGGAGAAAAGGUUGUUUGGAUAGACGCGGGCUCCCCGCUUCCCCGAAUACGGCUCCGCGAGAUGCUCUCCGGGGCCAAAGAAGGGCCUCCAUCCAAGAGCCCAGAAGAACUCAUGCACAAUUUUGUCUACUUCCGUGCCCGCUCACUGCCUCAUCUUCUAGCACUUCUAAAUCAUCCACCCGUUGGAUUUCCACCAAAAGACACCAAGCUCUUAGUCAUCGACGCAGUGUCGGAGCCAUUCCCGGCUUACUUCCCGAACCCGACAGAGCUAAGGACUCGUCUCGCGGAGGCCAAAGUCACAGACAAUGCACAAAUCCAGUGGCUCAUGAACCGAAAGUGGAAUGUAACUAGCGAGCUCGCCAAUCACCUUGUCAAGCUGGCCACGACGCACCGUCUCGUCGCACUCGUGGUCGAUCAGACCCACACAAGGAUCAAAGGCCAACCGCGCCCGAUGCUUUGUCCUGUUCUUGCUGGCGGGACUUGGGAGAAUAGCGUGUAUACCCGGAUCGUGGUGUAUCGUGAUUUUCCUGCGGGCGACGGCGAGGACGUGGCUGGGAGGGUCCGGUUUGCGGAGGUGAUGAAGAGGGGUGGGAAGGCUUUGUCGGUGAGGGUGGAGGAGAAUAUUGUCCCGUUUGUGGUUGAAACAGAUGGUCUACGAGAGGUUGAACAGAAUGCUCCUUCUCAUGAAGCGGUGCAGGUGCAGGAAUCUGCUGGCGCGUUUUCGACUAGUCAGCGGAAACGGAAGGUUGAUGAGGUCGCGGAUAGUCAAGAUGAGGACUCUGAUGAGGAGUUUGGAUGGGCCGAAGGUGAUGAUCCUGGCUUGCUGGGCAAAGACUAAUCCACCAUACGGUCCGAGCCGACAAAAGAAAAAAAUACCUAGCUGCGAGGGCUUCCGUCGCUCAUAUUAUACACAUCCCCUCCCGCCGACCUUGAAUGUCAUUCGUUUGUCUUUUAUCUUGACCA